CGCCGCCGCCGCCGCUGCCGCCGCGCCGGAGCCCGAGCCCGAGCCCGAACCCGCGGGCCCCUCCGGAACGCCGGCGCCGCCUCUCGGAAAGCUCGGGCCCGGGGCGGCUCCGCGGCAGCCGGACCGGGCUCUCGGCGCACCGGGAGCCGCCUCGUUUGCCUUGGUGGCCGCCACCUCCCCGCGGCUUCCCGGGUCUCUCCUUGGCUCUUGACGCAGUCUGGAGCUGCAGCCGGGUUUCCUCUCCUUUCCUCUCCUCUCUCUCCUCUCCCAGUCUCAGGCCAAACCCAGCCCGGCCCCGGGAGGGGAGGGGGGGGGAGGGAGAUUUGUCUUGGAGGAACCUGCCGACGGAGCUUGGGGAGGAGGAAGAGGAGGAGGAAGGAGGGGAAGCCGUAGCCGCCGCCACCACCGCCGCCGCCACCUGCCACCUCUGCCCGCUGCCUGUGCUGGGGAUCUCAGCGCGCGCUCUCCGGGAGCUGUACCCCACCCCCUCCUGUAGCCCGCCCCAGGACACCCCGGGUUCAGUCAUCGACUCGCGUGGGAGCCCUGGGGCUGAGCGGUGGCUCUCUCCUCGCCCGCGUCAAGGAAGAAGGAGCGAGUGAGCGAGCGCAGGACACGUCGUCCUGCUGGGGACAGAGCGACCGUCAGCCGCGGGGGACUGGGGAAGACGCCGGAGCCGCCCGGAGCGCCCCGCCUGUCUAGACUUGGAGCCUGCGUAUGCCCUCGGGAAGAGGAGGAGGAGGGAGGCGGUGGCCGCGCAGCGCGAUCCUUCCUAGUAUCUUCAGGUCAACAGUGUCCUCCAUGCUCUGUUCUUCUUCCUAUCAAAACCUGCUCGCAGAUCGAGUAUUGGUCUCUGUGCCUGAUCCUGCCCCACAAAUCCUGGAACCAGUGUCUGUCAGCAAUGAGAGAUGAGUAGACUCUCUUCAUGACGUCAGAGGAGAAAUAUACACCAGACUGCUCAUCUCAGAUGCUCCAAAUCAUCAGGCAGGCCCCGGCUUCCAGGUCCACAUUAGGGUGUCAGAAUCAGGACAACACUCGUGAUUGCUAUGGCCAGAUGCCCAGAUCCUCAGCAGGUGCAACCAUAUACAAGACUGAAACUGCCAUUCCAGGCCUGUAACAGAGAAGUGACUGACACAAAGAAGAACUGAGGGGGGAGAGCCAGGAAGCUAGGCAGAUGGAGGAAGAAGUCCAAGCUGAGCUGGACAUGGGCAUCAGCAGGAAGACCAGAAGUGGUAGAGAGUAACUGGAGACUUCCCCAGGGAGGGUUCUCCCCACCGAACGCUGCAGCCCUCAGCCUAGUCUGAGACCAUGCCUGACGGGACAGGACAUCACUGAGCUUCCCACCUCUCCCCCCUCCCCUGGCUUCUGCCCAGCCCCCUGUCCCCACAGGCUGGACAGAGAGCCACCCUUCUCUCACUCCUUAACACACCUCGUCACCCUUGGGACCAUGCAAGAGGUGACCAUUUAAAUUCAGAGCUUCCCCUAGUUGCUGGCACCCCACUUCCCCACCUCCUCACCCCUUUGCAGCAACCUCACCGGGAAUCCGCCUCUCGGUGGUGCUUCCAGAUGGCAGGUUGCAGGUGGGGGGUGCUGUGCGUGUGUGUGGCAGCCGCGUCCCUACUGUACACUGGUGGGCUGGUACGGGCCGACUGCUGGCUCAUCGAAGGCGACAAGGGUUUCGUGUGGUUGGCCAUCUGUAGCCAGAAUCAGCCCCCUUAUGAAUCCAUCCCCCAGCAGAUCAACAACACCAUAGUGGACCUAAGGCUCAAUGAGAACAAGAUCAAGAGUGUACAAUAUGCCUCCCUCAGUCGCUUUGGGAACCUGACGUACCUCAACCUGACCAAGAAUGAAAUCACCUACAUUGAGGACGGGGCCUUCUCGGGUCAGUUCAACCUGCAGGUGCUGCAGCUGGGCUAUAACCGCCUGAGGAACCUCACAGAGGGGAUUCUCCGAGGCUUGAGCAAGUUGGAGUACCUCUACCUCCAGGCCAACCUCAUCGAGACGGUCACCCCCACUGCCUUCUGGGAGUGCCCUAACAUCAUGAACAUCGACCUGUCCAUGAACCGCAUCCAGAGGCUAGACAGUGGCACCUUCACAGGGCUGGCCAAGCUCUCCAUCUGUGAGCUUUACAGCAACCCCUUCUAUUGCUCCUGCGAGCUCUUGGGGUUCCUCAGAUGGCUGGCAGACUUCACCAACAUGACGCGCACCUACGACCGGAUGCAGUGCGAGUCACCGCCCGAUUACUCUGGCUACUUCCUGCUUGGCCAAGGCCGGACCAGCUACCGAAACGCCCUGAGCAUGCUGUCCAGCCUCUGCACCGAUGGGUCAUACACUGUGGGAUCCCGCUUCAUCCCCGCCCGCUACCCCCCCACCACCCCCCCACCAGAGGGCCCCUGCGCAGAGGAUGAGUGCUUCUCGGGAGAUGGCACCACGCCCCUCGUGGCCUUCCACACUCCUGCCACCAAGUCAGAGAUGCGGCCCAACAUCUGGGUGAAGCACCUGACCCACAAUUCUGCCACGCUCGGCGUCCAGCUGCCCUCCCCCUUCAGGAAGAUGUACGUCCUGGCUCAGUUUGAAAAUGGGUUCUCCUCCGACAUCACCAACUUGCACAAAGAGCGUGAGGAGAUUGAGCUGUCCAACCUCAUCACCCACACCAACUACACCUACUGUGUGGUCUCCCUAGGCCACCCACUGCGUUACAACCACACCUGCCUCACCAUCUGUCCUACGAAGCCCCCGCCGUCGCCAGGACCCGUUCCCAAUUCCUCCACUGCCACCCACUACAUCAUGACCAUCCUCGGCUGCCUCUUCGGCAUGGUGAUUGUUCUCGGGGCUGUCUACUACUGCCUGCGGAAACGGCGACAGCAGGAAGAAAAGCACAAGAAGACAGCAGGGGGCAUGAAGAAGACCAUCAUCGAGCUCAAGUAUGGGCCCGAGCUGGAGACGCCGGGCAUCGCCCAGCUGUCCCAGGGGCCCAUGCUGGGCGGUGAGACAGUGACCCGCAUUCCCUACCUUCCCUCUGCAGGUGAAGUGGAGCAGUACAAGCUCAUAGAAAGCAGCGAGACCCCUAAGACCACUAAGGGUAACUAUAUGGAGGUUCGGACAGGGGAGCAGCAAGAGAGGCGAGACUGUGAUCUAGCCCUGCCGCCGGACAGUCAGAGUUCUGUGGCUGAGAUCUCCACCAUCACCAAGGAGGUGGACAAGGUCAACCAGAUUAUCAACAACUGCAUCGAUGCCCUCAAAUCCGAGUCCACCUCCUUCCAGGGGGUCAAGUCUGGAGCUGUGUCCACAGCCGAGCCCCAGCUGGUCCUCCUGUCGGAACAGAUUCCCAGCAAGCAUGGCUUCCUGUCCCCCGUCUAUAAGGACAGCUACAGCCACCCGCUACAGAGGCACCACAGCAUGGAGGGCCCCCCCAAACGCUCCAGCACGUCGUCCAGUGGCUCGGUCCGGAGUCCUCGCUCCUUCCGCUCCGAGGGAUCCUCUGCCCACAAGUCAGAGGCGAAGUACAUCGAGAAGACGUCACCCACGGCUGACACCAUCCUCACUGUGACACCGGCGGCCGCCAUCCUCCGGGCUGAGGCUGAGAAGAUCCGGCAGUAUGGUGAACACCGCCACUCGUACCCGGGCUCUCACCAGGGGGAGCAAGCGCCCCCCCACGACAGCCUGGGCGGCCGCAAGCCUUCCAUCCUGGAGCCUCUGACCAGACCCCGGCCCAGGGACCUGGCCUACUCCCAGCUCUCUCCCCAGUAUCACAACCUGAGUUACUCCUCCAGCCCCGAGUACACCUGCAAGCCCUCUCAGAGCAUCUGGGAGCGCUUCAAACUGAACCGUAAGCGCCAUAAAGAUGAGGAGGAAUACAUGGCGGCCGGCCACGCCCUGCGCAAAAAGGUCCAGUUUGCCAAAGACGAGGAUCUCCACGACAUCUUAGACUACUGGAAGGGUGUGUCUGCACAGCACAAGUCCUGAGUCCUCCUCUGUCCUCCCCACACUCCUCCCUUUCCCCUUCCUCUAGCCUCCCCUCUGCCUUCUAAAACUCGUGAUGCUCAUUGGACCAAAAGGAACCGAAAUCCACAGCAGCUAUUUUUAACCCAGAGACUGUCUUUAAAAACGAAACACAUACACAUACAUACACACAAUUUAAAAAAGGAUCAUGCACCCCAUUUCCCCCAUUGCCCUGAUCCUCAGCAGGUGACAGGAGAAGGGAGGGGAGGGGUAAUUGACAUCAACAACAAAAUAAAGGAAAUAUGAUGAA